CUCGAGUUAGCCCAGCGAACGCUCUCUCCGACGAACGGUCGAAAACUCCAUUUCCACCUCCUCUCUACUUUGCCCCCUCCCCAAACCCUAAUUCUCCGUCCUCGUACCCAAUCCAGAACAAUCGCGAUCUGAUUCUUCAAUCUGUUGAGUGCACUCUGAACUCGGCACUGGGCGAUGCCUUGUUUUUGAGUCAUUGAGAAAUGUGGUGAAACAAGAGUAGCCUGAUGGGUGCACUUUAGGUUCAUCGAUGAAUUGGUCAUUCGGUGCUGCAGUGACACAGGAGCCUGUCGCCGAGAUUGGGCAGCAACCAGAUAUUAGCAGUCCUCAGAUGACUGCAGAGGAGGGAGACAGUGCAACACCCAAAGUUGGAAUGAAGUUCAAAAAUGCGGAAGAAGCUUUCAGCUUCUAUCACGACUACGCCAUCAGCACGGGAUUUGGCGUGAAGUGCCAAUACUCAAAGUACGAUAAGGAAGGAAGAUGUAGGUGUAUCGUGAUUUCCUGUAACAGGGAUGGUAUAGUCAAAUAUAAAACCGAAUCCCACUCCUCGGAACUAACAAAGAAAACCAAUUGCAUGGCCAAGAUUCAUUUGGGAUACCGUGAUGAUGGAUUUCUCCAUGUUAAGCAGCUUAUAGUUGAGCACAACCACCCUCUUUUCCCAGGUAAAGUCAGGGAUUUCCGCACGAAAAGGAGGAAAAAAAGGUAUCUUUAUGAUAACGACAAAGCUGAGAUGCCUGCGAGAAAUUCGUGGGUCGGCAAGAGAGGACGUGAGGAGAAAAGGUGCAAACUGAUAAAUGAUAAAGGAGAUGGCGAGGUUGUACAUCGUUUCUUUGUUCGUAUGCAAGCCAAGGAUUCCUACUUCUUUCACUUGAUGGAUUGGGAUGAUGAAGGUGUUUUGAGGAAUGUAUUUUGGGCAGAUGGAAGGUCUAGGAUGGCAUAUCAAUAUUUUGGCGAUGUUAUUCUGAUCGAUACUACCUGUCUGAUAGAUAAGUAUGAUGUGCCUCUCGUCUCUUUUGUAGGAGUUAACCACCAUGGCCAGCAUGUGCUGCUUGGUUGUUGUUUGCUCUCAGAUGAAACGGCCGAUGGAUACAUUUGGCUGUUUAAAACUUGGCUGGCUUGCAUGUUUGGGCGGCCUCCAACCGCCAUUAUCACUGACCAAUGUAAAGCAAUGCAAGAAGCGGUUGAGAAGGUGUUUCCCAAAGCUCGUCACCGUCAUUGCCUAUGGCAUAUAAUGAAGAGGGUGAGUGAAAAUCUUCAAGGAAUAUCCGAAGCUGAAGAAAUCAAGAUUUCACUAAAGAAAAUAAUCUGUGAAUCACUGAGAGCUGCUGAAUUUGAAGAAGAAUGGAAAAAAAUGGUAGAAAAAUAUGGGCUUGAAAAUAAUGAAUGGCUCAAGUCAUUGUUCGAUGAACGACAUUGUUGGGCAACAGUCUUUGUGAAAGAGAAAUUUUGGGCAGGAAUGUCGGUAACCCUAGUCAGUGAGAGCAUGAAAUCCUUCUUUGCGGAGUAUGUGCAUAACAAGUUCACUGUCAGGCAAUUUCUCCGCAAGUAUGAGACUAUUGUGCAAAAGAUGCAUAAAAAGGAAGUUCAAGCAGAUAUCGAGUCACUACACAAAACCCCACAAUUGAUAACACAACUUUACAUGGAGGAGCAGCUUGGUAAAGUCUACACAACUGAUAUGUUUAAAGUGUUUCAGGCAGAGGUAAGGGCCUUGAUAUAUUGUAUCUCCUCGGUGGUUGAGGUUAAUGGUCCAAUACGCACCUUUCAUGUAAAAGAACGUGUUAGGGCGAAGGGUUCUAAAUCAAUGAAGUCAAAGAUUUAUGAGGUUACUUUUGACGAAAAUGAGCUUGAAUUGAGGUGCAUUUGUUGCUUGUUUGAGUAUAGAGGUGUUCUUUGUAGGCAUGCAUUAUCUGUUAUUUGUUUUGAAAAUAUAGUCGAGAUUCCUUCAAAGUAUGUUCUCGAAAGAUGGAGGAAAGACUACAAGCGUAUGCUUGCUCUAUCUUGCUUUCCUGAUGACGUCAUGGUCGACGGGCAGUUAGAACGUCAUGAAAGCUUCUAUCGGUGUUGCCUCAAGCUUUCUGAAAUAGGGCUAAUGUCGGAUGAAAAAUAUGAAUUUGGAAUAAAGGUAGUAAAUGAGGCUAUGCAGAAACUUCUUGCAGAGGAUAGCUCGUUUGAAACUGUGCAACAUAAGAACCUUUCCUGUAAUGUUGCUCAGACUAGCAGUUUGGUUACCUUUACGUUGAACAAUGAUGCCUAUACAGGAAAUGGAGAUGAUAGAACGGCUAACUUUGCACAUGUGGGACAAGCAGUAAACCAUUCUCAUUAUGAAUUUUUUCAGGAAAGGGCUCAGACAGUCCAACAGUUAGCUGGCUUUAGGUCGGAGACGGAAUGGAGAUUGCAACAAUUUUUUCAGGAAGCACAAACACCAGAGACAACUCCUGCCCCGAGGCCUUGGUAAAAGAAGGAACAUCUAUCAGCCGAAGCACUUCCAUUCACUGGUGGUGAUUUGGAUUUGUCCGCAAUUCUCAUUGCUUCCGAAUUUAAAUUAUAGUUAGUGCGUCAUCAUGUUGUGAUAAAUUGAAGAAUUACAGGCUGCUUAAAAGUUUACUGCAGGGUGGCCGCAAAUUUCAGCAUGAGAAGAUAACUACCCUUCGUAUGGAUUCAGUGAUGGCCAUUUCUGUUAAUUAGUCGGACAGUUGCCUCUUCAGUUUUACCACGACUUAUAAUGUAUUUUGUCAGAGUUCGAGCAAACCGUUGCCGAGGCUCAUCUGUUAAUGCUGUAUGUUGUAGGUUCAAAAAUAGUCGAUCUCGAAGGUAAAAUUUGUUCUUGUUGCCAUUCCAAAGUGUGAGAAACAUCCUAGUCUAACAAUCCAUAUACAGCUUUAUCUCUCCAGGGUUCGCUGUUGCUUCCAGAAUGCAAUAGCUAACCACGCUUUGCAAAUCAUUUAAAAUUGAUGCAUAUAAGCAGGUGUAGGUCGUAACUUUGUCGCACAAAUUCCUCACAUUUUGUGGAUUCUUCUUCUAGUCGGUGGAGGUGCUGACAAUGUUAUUUUCGGUGUCAUCAGUUGUUAAUACAUACAACACUGCAACUUAUCUGUACACUUAUUUUCAUCAGAUUUUUUGUUUUGUUUUGUUUUGUUUUGUUUUGUUCUGUUCUGUACAACUGUAAAUUUGAAGAGAGUAGGCUGUAAAUAUCAAGAUGUGCAAUGCAACAUUUGAGAAAGCCUGUUGAUGGAUGAUGGUAA